AAUUUGGAUGGAAUUCUUUGUUUUUCAAAGUAGUAUUAAGCUUAUUUUGGUAUACUGUAGUUUUCAUAUGGUUUCUAAUGAAAAGUGGCAACAAAAUUCAGGGGUUUCUGGGGAUGGAGAAAAAUUGGACUGCAGGUCUUCAGAAUGGGGUACCACUUCUUUUCUUUUUAAUAAGUGAAAUGAUUUUUAUAUCGCUAUCAGGCAUUGCAAGACAACUUGGAAUCUGUUCUGUUUCUACCAUUCAAUUCAAUUAUUUUUCCUCUUGAAUAUUUCUGAAUUCAAGCAGGAUGCGGAUUAUCUUUAUUUUGUUCACUCUGAUACAUGUUUCAAGCACAUUAUAUGGACCAAUGCUACUGAUACGUCAUGUUGCUGGAUCAGUGACAAUCAAAUGCUAUUAUGUACCCACAUCAGUGAAUAGGCAUGACAGAAAAUUUUUGUGCAAGGAAUUGCCAUAUAAAAGCUGUCAGACUAUCAUUUCUAGCAGUGGUUUCAUUGAUCAAAAUUACAAAGAAAGAGUGUCAAUGUACAACAACCCUCAACAAGGGAUUUUGCAAGUGACAAUAAAAGAGCUGAAAAAGACAGAUUCCAGUUAUUACAGAUGUGGCAUUGGCAAGACAUAUAAUGGUUUAUAUGCUAGAGUGAAUUUAACUAUUUUAGAAGCAAAUAAAGGUCGGCAUUUGUCCAAAUCCCCUCAAAUUGUUUGGGGUAAGCUGACUGGGUCAGUGGAGCUCCAAUGUCCAUCUGAAACUCCCAAGCUGGAAAUGAAGAAAUGCAAGAUGCUCAAUACUGGUUGUUUUCCCAUAGUAGGAAAAAGCAAGAAUAAUCAGUACAGUCCCCGAAUUAUUAUGACCAAUGGAAAUAGCUCAGGAACUUUCAGUGUUACUAUAAAUGAUUUGAAAAGACAAGAUUCUGGAGUCUAUGUAUGUGGGACAAGAAAAUUGGACAAGAAUGCAAGUGUAAAAACCAUACAACUGCAGAUUGUGGAGGAAUCAGUUUUCUCUAAUAUCUUAAAUGAUACCCAAACUACAUAUGAAUCACAGACUACACCUUCAUAUUGGUAUUGGAAUGUGACAUCUACAGAUGAAGUCUACAAAGAAAGAGUUUCAAUGCAGGCUUCACACAAUAACUUCCCAUUGCAACCUAAAAUACUAGAAAUUAAUCAUGCACAAACAAAGAUGUAUUCACAUAGCAGCACACUAAUCAUCCCCACAGUUGGAACAUCAACCGCAACUGAACUGAGCAGAUUUUCAUCCAGUGAGCAAAAUCUAUUGGCAAUUGUAAUACCAGUUCCUGCUCUACUUCUACUUCUUGCUGUCACGAUUAUUUUGGUUCUUGUUAAAAUAAGACAAAGGAAGACUGCAUUGCUUAACAUUCAUUCGAAAACUCUUGAAGGAGAAGUGCCAUCGACUAGUCAAAAGCGUUUGGAGGAACUUACCCAAAAUAAUAGUAGAAAUUCAGCAGAUGAAGAUGAGGGUGCUCUAAAUUCUGAUGAAGCAAAUGCUACAGUUACUGUCUAUUGUUUAGUUAAUCCUGGAGACUCCAGUAAAAGUGACUGACCGCCUUAAAAAUAACUUCGCUCAUAUUAUACAGAGGACCUACAGAGAUAUCUGUUAGAUUAUGGAGAUACGGUUACCAUUUUGUAUUAGCUUCUUUCCCUCACCUUAUUUUGUAAUGUAAUCUCAUCCCAUGCCUAUUUUAUUGGAAUGAAAUUUGCUAAACUUCAGCAAUAUGCUUAGGAAUCUGGGAGUAAUGGCGGAAUACAUAGCCAUCAUGUGUUACAAUGUCAUUGUGAAAAUAAUGUGACUUUCUUAAUUGCAACAGUCUUCAAAAUGAGAAUGACGCAAAUUACACAAUCAAAUCAUUUGUGUGACAAUGUCAUGAUGCACUAGACAGACAACCAGUUUGCAUCACUAAAGAUUCAAAUUAUCACCAGGUGGUACAAAUUCAGUCCCACAAAUUACAGAUAUUGCAGAGCAGCAUUUAUUGAACAUCAUCCUAGUUUUAUUAAAGAGCACUUGAAUACCUGAUAUAGGCUGUUCCAGUGCAGCAAGUGAUAGUACAGAAGUUGCUGGUUAUAACUACCCCAGUGUUCCCAGGGCUAAAGUUACUCAUUUUCUUUUUUUAAAUUAUUGUGUUGCCUCAUGAGUAAGGUGAUCCAUUUAUCUUACUCAUUCAAAAUGAAAGGCUAAUACUUUGAAAAGUGUUUGUUGAAUAAAAAUCCUGGUUCUAUAUAUGAUACAAGUUUCUCCCACUUUUGAUGCUUCGCACCAGGUUUAAUCCUAAAUAUGAGGCCUAUCAAGUUGGUUCUGUGAACAAUGGCUGUGACAGCUUUAUUUUACCAUUUAGAGAUGUUUUACCCCUUGAAGUGCAUGUAGUUCUACAGACAUUUAAUAAUUGACCCUCAGUUUAAUUUUCACAGUGAGAACUUGCUGUGCUAGAAGCUCUUUUGUAUAUAACAUCCUGUAACUAUUUUAUACAACAGUGUUCUUUAUGUUCUUGACCAGCUUGAGGCUUUUAUAUGAUUUUAGAUUCAUACGUAAUUAAAAUUACCUUUUGCCUAAUUUCCAUCUUUUAGUAUGAUUAGAAAUAGUAUAUUUGUCUACAUGUUAGGGAAUAGAUACAGUUAGCAAGCUCUGCUGUAAUACAUUUGUCUAUGUGCAAAUGUGUAUUUAAAAUAAAAUUAUUAAAUAUAUAUAUAUAAUGGUAAAGUACUAGCACAAGGCAUAAAACCUCAGGUCGCCAAUGUAACGUGCGCUUCUGUAGAAAUAUGUAAAACCCACCUAGCUUAAACUGACUUGGAAUUUAGUAAUGAUGGCAACCAUAUUAAAUAGUAAUAAUAAUAAAAACAAUAAUUGGUUUUUUAAAAUUAUGUUUUGAGGCUUCUAAGCAAUGUCUAACACUGCAUGCAUGUGCGUGGCACUCUCUCUCUCUUCCUCCCUCCCUCCCCCCCCCCCUUUUUUGUGGUAAACUAAACCAAAAAAAAAAAGUCAAAGAAAGAUAGACAGUUCUUCAUUGCAACUUGUUACAGUCUCAAAAUUUCUCAAAUUCCUGCCAGAAUAAUAGUACAUUUCCUGGCAAUUCAGUUUCAAAGAGUAACAGCAGUUGUUGAAAUCUGAAUAGCCCUCAUUUAAAAUGAUAAGAACUCAUAAUUAGUAUACAGCUCACCAUAAAUCAGCUGCCAAGCAAUAAGUCAACAUUUUUCUCUUCAAGUUGCCGCAUAAAUGAAAUGUCCAAUCUAAAGAGCUAAACUUAAUAGUUCAGCAAGAUUACAGUGGCACUUUAGUCAAAUGCAGCCUUGGGCAGAAUUCUUCUGAUAAUAUUUAAUGGCAAAGAGUCAAAUAAUUCUGCAACUGUAGUUAUGCAAUCCUGGGGACUUUGGCCUUUUAUGUGUGGUAAAUAGUAUAGGCUAUAUGUCAUAACCCUAAAAACUGGAAGGAGUUUAACAAGCAAUUCAUUGUAUGACAUACAUAUAAUGAGAAAAAACAGAAAUGUAACCAGAUAGUUCCACCCUCUUGAACUUUUGUCUCCUAGAUUUUUUGAUAAAAAUUACUAUAGUACUAAUCCUUAUUAUGGUUGGUUGCACAAUCAGCCAGAUGUUUAAACUUGGUUGGCAUUUUUAUCCACCUAUCAAGUCCUUUCCAAAGAUCUGGGAUAGGCAGAUGUUAAUAAUUGUUUAAUAAUAUUAUGGAUAUUGUCUCAGGAAGUAACCUAUUCUAAGUAAAACUGCCUUUUGCAAUUGACUGAUGGUGAUUUUGUCAAUGCCAUAUUUCCAAUAUUCUUAGCACCGGUUCGCUGCACAUGUGGAUGCUCACUUUGCAUACUCAUUUUUCAUGCUCGCUUUGCAUGCUCGUUUUGCAUGCGCACCUUCCACGCAUGCGUCCAGCCUUCCAUGCAUGUGCCUGGCCUCAAAAACAUGGCUAAAUAGGACGGCAUUACAUCAGGGCAAGUGGGCAGGCCCACCCCACCCACAGUCACUGCUACCGGUUCGCCCAAACCAGUACGAACUGGCUGAAUACCACCUCUGCAAAUGAUGCUCCAGAUGCUACAAAAUAUCUAUUACUAUGGGUUCUAUUUUUGCUUUCUUUUGCCACAGUUGUUCUAGUUCUAUUUGUAAGUCUUUGUAUUUUGUGAUUUUCCCCAGUUCUUUCUGUUCUAUUCUUUUUGCUAUCUCCAGGUAUUGCAAUAUCCAUUAUCCAGACUUUUUUUUCUUAUCAACAAUAAUUAUGCCUGAGGUGUUGUAUGGCAGAUGCUUGUCUGUUUGAAUUCUAAAGUCCCAGAGCAGAUAAGCUUCUUCAUUUUCUAUUAUUUUGUCUGUUUAUGGUCCCACCAGUUCUUGCUUGCCAAUCAAAACUCCAGUGCAAAAUAUUGGCUAUAUAUAUGGAUAAUAAUAAGUAGUAAUUCUAUUUCAGAUGGUCUUUUCCAUACACCUUCAGAUCAUCCAUAUAAAGGGGCUGGCAGAUGUCUGACUUGUUCUGCAUUGUUGACAGACGAAUCAGUGCUGUGAGAAACAGUAGUGGUGAUAGUGAAUUUGCUUGAAAGAUUCCUCUCUUGAUAUUAAUCUCUUCCAAUACAGUAUAUAUCACCAUUGAGCAGCAACUGUGUCUUCCAUUAUGCCAUUGAUCUUUUCACAAAGCUUAUGGUGUUUUUACUGAUUCCUAUUAUUUUUAGGCACUUGAUUAUCUAGUUAUGUGGCAGAAAGUCAGAUGCCUUCUUGUAAUCAAUCCAAGCUAUAUUCAAGUUGAACUUCCUUCCUUUAGAGUUUUCCAAAAUCAUGUUGUUAGUUAAGAACUGAUCUUUUUUUCCUCUGCUGUUUUUUUCUGCUUUGGUGGAAAUAACUUGUUUUCAACUGGAUGCUGUUGGACUGCAUCUGCUACCAUACCAGUUAGCAAUUUUAAUGUUGGUAGUUAGGUAAUUGGCCAGUAAUUGCCAAUUUUUGUUGAACCUUUCAUUAAUGAAAGGUAAUGGUAAUGAAACAUUCGGAAACCAACCCACAAGCUCAGAGAAUGAACCUCCAUUAUUCAAUAUUCAAUUUCAGCUCCUUGCUGUGUAUUGUUAAACUGUUUGGAAAUCUGUGGGUGCAGACUGGUCAGAUGAUACAACCAAACAUUAUGCAAUUCAUCUUCAUCAGGUCCUGACCAAUUCUUGCUCUUCCUUGCUAUUUUCUCCACCAUUUUUGCUGUUAUCACAAGUUCUUUCAUUUCAACCUUUCCCCUUCUCCACUUCCUUUAUCCAAGCUGCCUUCUUGUUGUAUUGUUCCAUAGUUGUACCAAGAACUGCAGUUUUUUUCUUGUCAGAUGUUGGCUGCUUUAUUGCACUCUCCAUUGAUGAAUUGGUAGAAACUGUUCUAAUUAGACUGAAAUUGGAAACUCUGGCUGUAAGGUACAGUCCAAUCUUUGUACCUGCUGAUUUUCUUGGCUACCGCUUUUAUUUCCUGCUUUACUUUUCCCAGUGCUUGCCUCUAGGUGUUAUUUCUGGAUCAGAUAUUAUUUGAUCUUCUUUUUCAGCUUUUUUUUUACUGCUGUUGUAGCUUGAUUGCAUCUGAUUUUAACAUCCUGGUCUUCUUUUCUUAUCCUAUCUUCCAUUUUGGUGGCGCACAGUUUAGCUUUUUUUUCUUGUUCAUUUGUAUCCAAGAUCUUCAUUUAUAAUUGCAGUUGUACAUUAGUUGGUUUAUUUCUUGCAGUGAGCUAGUGCUUAUAUUUGAUAUUACAAUAUUGGCAUCUUUUAAUACUUUGGCCAACUGGUUUUUUGUUUGUUUGUUCAUUUUUGUUCAAAGCAGACUACUUCAUUCUAUUAUUUUAGUGCUGUUCUAGAUGCUCAGUUAUUCUUCAUUUCAGUUCCUCUUGUUUUUCAAUUACAGGACUUUGUUCUUUCUGAAGAAAAGGUAGAGGUGAAGGUGCUUGGCUUGGGAAUGAGAAUGAUUCAUUAGCGAUGCUGGCUUUUUCCAUUACCAACUCUUCUGGUUUUUCUCUUCUGUCUGAACUACUUCUGGCAAGACUUCAGUUUUGUUUUUUACCUUGCAGUUCUUCUAAUUCCAUUUCUGUAAAUAUUUUAUUUCAUAUUACAAAACGACCUUGAUCUGCUAGUCUAUGCCCUGUUAUUACUGAUUAUGGAUGUUCUUUCUAGAACUGGUGCAUUCUUUUCUAAUAUCCUCUUCUCGCUGGUCUUGAUUUGUAAUAGCAAAUCAUUAUUUCUUUGUUUUCACUCUUUGUAUAUUGUGAUGGGUAAGCAACUCUUCUUCCAUUUGUCCUACAGCUGUUGAUCCUGAUUGCUCACCUAACAGUCCUGACUCUCAUAGCUGCCUUGUCACCAGAUGUCCAAGAACUCCAAUACUGACCAUAGUCCUUGUUGACCUAAUACCAGUGGUGGGAUUCAGCCAGUUCGGGCCAGUUCUGGCAAACCGGUAGUUAAAUUGCUGGCUGGCUCCACCCCAUCCCCUCCAUUCGCCCCAUUUUGGCUCCCGGGUAAGUGCAGGGAGGCCUACUAGUCCCAAAAUGGGGCACGGUGCGGGUGGCACAUUCCCCCCAGUGGCCCAUUUUUGCUCCCACAGGACUGCAGAAAGCCAAGUGCUGCUUGUCACACCCUCUUGCCACGCCCACCAUGGCCACGCCCACCCAGCGAUCAUUAGGGCAGAGAACCAGUUGUUAAAUUAUUUGAAUCCCACCACUGCCCAAUACUGAUACUGAUCCAAUAUUAGUUUCUGUAAGUUAUAUCCAUAUUGUUUAUGGGAAAGAUACAUUUCAUCUGGAUCCAUUGAUGAGACCUGUCCAGUAUAGCUCUCAUCUUCCUCAGACCAUGCAAGGCCCACAACUGGAGGAUUAUUAUUUUUUUAAUCCCAUCUCUUUUUAACCCAUACUUGUAUAUCUAUAACUCAAGGCAGCAAACAUACCUAUUCCUGCCUAUUAUUUUCCAACAACAACUCUGGGAAGCAGUUGGGCUGAGAGAGUGAUAACCCAGUCACUCAGUUGGCUUUCAUAUUUAAGGGAGGCCUAGAAUGUAAUCCUCUGCUUUGUAGGUCAACACCUUAAUCAUUAUAUGUAUAAUAUUUAGUAAGAUGUUUUUAAAGUUUGGGGGGGAAUGACUGCAUCUGUUUGAAUUUCUCAUCAAAUGCUAAUUUUGUUAAAAGGUAAAUGAUGAGAACUGGCUGAAGAAAAAUGUGGUCCAAGUUGCAAAAUAUCAAGUCUCAAUAAAUAAAAUCAAUAUUGUAAAAUUGAUUUGGAAUAACAUUUUAAUGGGGAAAUUGCAAAUAGCAAUUAAGCAAUCUGUUUCCCCCGAAUUCAGUUUUUUAAACUAUAGUCGUUUAAUUCUUUUUCUGAAAGACAUAUUUUCAAGAUCAAUUGAACAUAAAUAUGUGAAUCCCCCCCCACUUACAUUGGGAAAAUACCCUUACUGCAAAUAGUUUUGAGAACUCCUGGAUAGGGUAACAAUUUAUCUUACAUCUGUUCCAGCCUUUUUAUAAUAAAUUAUGUAGUAAAGGUAGUUCUCGACUUACAAUCAUUCACUUAGCGACCAUUUGAAUUUACAAUGGUACUUAAAAAUGAUUUGUGAUCAGUUUUGCACUUACAUCCAUUUCAGCACUCCCGUGGUCACAUGAUCAAAAUUUGGCUGCUUGGCAACCGGCAUGUACCAUAAUUAAGACAAUUGAAGUGUCCUGGAAUCAUGCGAUCACCAUUUGUGACCUCCCCAGUUGGCUUUCAAGCAAAGUCAAUGGGGGAAGCCAGAUUUGCCUAGUGACUGCAUUGUAAAAUAGGGUGUGGUAGACUUGACAACUAUCUUGCAAUGGAAAUUCUGGUCCUAAUUGUGGUCAUAAGUCAAGGAUUAUCUACAAUUAUAAAUAAUAGCAGGGCAAACUGAUAAUGUGCUGCUACUCCUAUUUAUAUAAGUUAAAAAGUCAAAUUCUCCAAAUUAUAGAAAAAGAAAAAGAAAUCUUAUUGUCAGCCACUUGACAGAAUGACCAUUAAGACUAAAAGACAGAAUGCUAUUAAUAAGUAAUGAAUAUUGGUUUGGAAUUAAAACUUACCUUCUUUUAAUUGCAGUAGUCAUUUACAUGAAAGAAAUAAUUUGUACACAAAAGCUGCUAAAUAGAAUAAUAAUCACAAGUUUGGAUUUCGCUUGCCUUUCCUUAUUUUAUAGAUUUGAAGGUUAGAAAAAGUAAAUGCACACAUAAGAUCAGCUGAAUAUUUAAAGGAUAUUUAAAAGUAAAAAAUAUUUUCUAUUGCAGUGUUAAUGUUUAAUGAUGUAAUUGUGGAAAGUACAUCUUAAACCAAACAUAAAAUCUGAUAUAUUGUUAUUAUAGUUCUUUUUUAAACUUCAGGUACAGGACAUGUGAUUUAUAGUAAAGCGAAACUAUCUUUCUCUUGUUCAUUCUUUUGAUGAGUAACAGGUGAGAAGUUUCUGUUUCAGAAAAAUCCUUGUCCAUCCGGUUCUUUUUCUUUCUUGUAAAGCCAAAUGACAGAAGAGUCUGAAGUCCACAUCUCAGCCACCUAGAAAGAGGCUCUUAAUAAUCUACUAUAAUACAUUAUAUUUUUUGCUGUAAUAUGUUACGUUAGACCAUCAAUUUUCCAACAUUUCAUUUCCCAACCUGAAAAAUAGCUUUAGAGACAAAAGUAGGAAGGAGAUAAAAAAAAGUUAAAGAUGGCGGCCAAUUGCGCAAUUGAAACUCCACCCCUUUUUUUGCAGGAGUCACAACACAUAUAAAAAAGGACAGGGCUUCAACCACAUGGUUUUAGCAGCCAUAUUAAUUUUUUUAAAGCCACCCCCUGCAGACACCCCUGGUUAAAAACCACUGGACAUUUCUUUAGCUUUGUUUUUGUGGUAGCAUUCAUGGUGUGACUAAUGGUUGUGCUUUCAUAGGAUAUUAACAUUUCAGCAAUUUUUAUAAUGUGAUGUGGCUUUGUGGUUCAAUAUUCAAUUCUCUGAAAAUUCAAAAUAGCCCUCCAUCAAUGAAUUUAAUUAGUAUAAAUAUAUGGAUAUGUGAAUGUAAAUAACUAUAUCCCUCCUUCCGAUAAUAAAAGUCAGAGAAUUGGGGAUUUAAUGUAAAAACCUUAAAAAAAGAAAAUGGACAUAAUUUUUAAAAAAUUAUUAGCAUUUUUUAAUCUAAUACUUUAUUUGCAAUAACAAAAUCAUUAUUUUUAUAUAUUUCUAAUAAAAAAUAAAACAAUUGUCUGGAGAAACUAUCAAGAACAGUAUUCACACUUUAUUGAUGUGAUAUUUGUUUGGGCACUGAAGUCUCAAGCUAAAGCUGCCUUUACAGAAUGGACACAUUCUUUGAGAUGGCACUUUCCCAUUUCUAUAUCCAAUGCUAUAUAUCCAUACAUCCAUUCAAGCUAUUUUUGGCAUCUUGGCCCUGCCUUGGUUUGAAAGAUAAAGUAGUUCAGGGAAAUGUGCUCAAAAUGCAAUGUGCUCCAAAAGUCAAGCACAAUUGCACUGUAUAAAAAGCAAAUUACCCAGAUCAGAACCCAAGGCAUAGUUGGGGGAGAGGAAGCACAAUGCAGAAUUAUAGUAAUCCUGGGAGCCAGAACUAACUGGCAGGGUGCCAAAUUACAAGCAACAAACCAUACUUUAGGACUGCUGUGGUCUUACUAGGCUAUUUGGAAGCAAUAUUUGGAAGUUACACUUGAGGAGUCCUUCUCUAAAAUCUAGAAUUUCUGUGUCUAUUCUCCCUUGAUGACUCUAAGGCAUCUGCAUUCCUUAGCUCCUUGUCAUAAUUUAUCUGGAUAUCAAUUUGGCUGGAACUUAACAUGUAUUCUUACUUUUUGCCUUGUGAUUUUUUUUUUUUACGUUUUUAAUAAUGACUCUUUUUAUAUGUUUAUUGUUUUAUUAAUUGCUGUACACUGCCCAGCGUCACUUUUUGUGCGAUGGGCAGCUUAUACAUUUGAUAUAUAACUAAAAUAAAGAGAUCAAAAAUUGUGGA